AUGCCGGAGCGGGGCCGGGGCCACGAGAGCCCUCGGGAGGCACCGCCGGCCUCGGAACUGGGGGAGCCGGGGCCCUGGCCGUGCGGAUGCUCGGGAUGCUGGAAGCAGCCGCGGGCUCCGGCCGGGCUGCAGCACCGCGGCGGCACCAGCAGCGAUGCCGUCCUCUUGGGAUCCCCCCCUUCCUCAGCUCCCUGUUCCUCCAAGCCCCGAGCGCGCUCGUGGUGGACGGGGCUGCUCCGGGAUGUGGGUUUCGUGCCCCCAUCGCUGCCAGGCAGGUGCCGGGGCGUCCCGCAGCCCCGCGCGUCCCCGGGGACGGCUGCGAGGACGGCGCUGACGGGCCCUGCCUUGCGUUGCAGCACGGGGAGCAGCGACCCGUACUGCAUCGUGAAGAUCGACAACGAGCCCAUCGUCAGGACUGCCACGAUGUGGAAAACGCUGUCCCCGUUCUGGGGGGAGGAGUACGAAGUGCAUCUCCAGCCCAGCUUCCACAGCGUCUCCUUCUACGUCAUGGAUGAGGACGCGCUCAGCCGCGACGACGUUAUCGGGAAGGUCAGCAUCACCCGGGACACGCUGGCAGAGCACCCCAAGGGUAGGAGGCCCUGCUCCCGCUGGGGGGACCCUCUAAAGCCGGGGUGGGCAGCAGCCCCCUCGAGCUCCCUCGAGGGAGGAAACGGGGCAGUGCUGCCGGGUGAGGCCGGCCAGCGGCUCUGCUGCACGGUGCUCGAGGCCAGGGAUUUGGCUCAGAAAGACCGGAACGGAGCCUCCGACCCCUUCGUCAGGGUGCGCUACAAUGGGAAGACGCAGGAGAGCGCAGUCGUGAAGAAAUCCUGCUACCCGCGCUGGAACGAGACCUUCGAGUUCGAGGUGGCCGCGGGCGCCGCGGAGCAGCUGUGCGUGGAGGUGUGGGACUGGGACCUGGUCAGCCGGAACGACUUCCUGGGAAAGGUGGUGGUCAACGUGCCGGGGCUGCAGGAGCUCCGGCAGGAGGAGGGCUGGUUCCGGCUGCAGCCGGACAAAUCCAAGCCAAGGGAGGCUGGGGGCAACCUGGGAUCGCUGCAGCUCCAGGUGCGGCUGCGGGACGAGACGCUGCUGCCCUCCAGCUGCUACCAGCCCCUGGUCCAGCUGCUGUGCCAGGAGGUGCAGUCGGGAGCCCAGGACGGCAGAGUGUCCCUGAUCACCCUCCUCGACGAAACCACCACGGCCGAGUGCCGGCAGGAGGUGGCCGUCAGCCUGGUCAAGCUCUUCCUGGGCCAGGGGCUGGCCAAGGACUUCCUGGACCUGCUCUUUGAGCUGGAGCUGGCCAAGCCGUGCGAACCCAACACUCUCUUCCGGAGCAACUCGCUGGCCUCCAAGUCGAUGGAGUCCUUCCUCAAGGUGGCCGGGAUGCAGUACCUGCACGCCGUCCUCGGGCCCACCAUCAACCGCGUGUUUGAGGAGAAGAAGUACGUGGAGCUGGACCCCAGCAAGGUGGAGAUCAAGGACAGCGUCAAGUUCAUCGCUGUCACCAGCUUCCUCUGCCUCCGCUUCUUCUCGCCGGCCAUCAUGACCCCCAAACUCUUCCACCUCCGGGAGAAGCACGCAGACGCCCGCACCAGCCGCACGCUGCUGCUCCUGGCCAAGGCCGUGCAGAUCGUGGGCAACAUGGAGGCGGCGGCGGGGCGGGCCAAGGAGGCCUGGCUGGCCCCGUUGCAGCCCGCGCUGCAGCGCGGCGUCGCCCACAUGAAGGCCUUCAUCGCCGAGCUGGUGGGCCCAGAGGAGGAGGAAGAUCUGGAUCUGCCCAACGCCCUCGCCCUGCAAACACUGGUCAUCAAGGAGGGCCCGCUCUUCAUGCACAAGACCAAGGCCAAGGGGCCGCUGCUCUCCUCCUCCUCCAAGAAGCUGCACUUCUCCCUCACGAGCGAGGCCCUCAGCUUUGCCAAGACCCCCAACUCCAAGCUGCUCAAGGACCCGCAGGUUCUGUUCGCCGGCUACAAGGUGCCGCACCCGCUGGAGCACAAGAUCAUCAUCCGCGUGCAGACCACGCCGGACUACAGCCCCCAGGAGGCCUUCACCAACGCCAUCACCGACCUCAUCAGCGAGCUCUCCCUGCUCGAGGAGAGGUUCCGGGUGGCCAUCAAAGACAAGCAGGAAGGAAUCGAAUAAAAUAAUCACGUUUAGAAUGGACUUCUGAUAUAGAGUGAUACUUUUAGUUGAAUGCUUU